AUGGCAACCUCCAAGGCAUUGCCUCUGGCUUUCAUGGAUGCUCUUAGUCCAGCUGUGUCAUAUUUUCGGCCCGAUAUGACAACUUCAACGACUCCCAAAACCACAACCACAUCCUCUGGUGAUCCUCCACUGAUUAUCAUUCUUUCGUGGUCGGAAGCUCGCGAUGUUCAUAUAGCAAAGUACAUCUCUCAGUAUCGCAAACUCUAUCCAACAUCUGCCAUACUCUUGUUCCGCGCUUCCACCAAGCUAUACAUUCAGCCAGCUCUACGUCGUCGCCUGUUUGAGCCUGCUUUGCCAAUUCUACAAUCAGUUGACACCAAGGCAGACGAUGCACCCAACUUUCUCAUCCAUAUCUUUUCCAACGGGGGUGUCAGUUCUGCUGCCACGCUUUGGGAGAUAUGGGAAACUUCACUAGGCCGUAAACCAAUUCCUCGACAUGCUGUCGUGAUGGACUCGUGCCCGGGAUACUUCCAUUGGAAACGAGAUCACCAUGUCCUGUCAACCGGAGUUCCACCAUGCUUAUCCCCCAUCGUCUGGGUAUUUCUUAGUUUUGCAUGGGUGUACUACAAACUAUGGUUGGGUGUGGAACCACAUACUGCCUAUGCCUCGGCUCUCAAUACGCCUGAGAGAAUCAGCCGGGAGACUAUGCGGGCAUACCUUUACGGAGAUGCAGACCUCUCGGUUGGUUGGGAGGAUGUUGAAUCACAUGCUCAACAAGCAAAGGAUAAUGGCGCUGUAGUCAGAACAGAGAAAUUUGCUGGAGGUGCCCAUGUCGCUCAUGUCAGAGUUGAUGCUGAUAGAUACUGGAAGACUGUCCAAGAGACUUGGCAAGGGGAAGAGCUAUAG